AUGGCUCUGGAGGCUGCUUUCUCCAUGAGCUUCUGCUCCUUCCCCAACGCAAUCUCCUUUGAGAGAGAAACCUUAUCCUUUAACCGAAUCAUAACCUCAAGAGCAAACGGAAAUGCGGGUGAGUGUAAAGUUCAAAGCUUUAUGGAACCCAAGAAGAGAAUAAGCUCUGAUCUCAAGAGGGUUUACAAAGAUGGUGACAGGGUAACAGCAAGAGGACCUUCUGGUCAUUCGACAAAGGUUAGAGAAGAUAAGGAGGAGAUUACAGGGGAGAAGAAAGCUAUGUUAGAUAGAAGCAAGGCCUUAAUAAAGCUGAAAUCUUUAGGGAAAGAAGUGAGAGAGGCAGGCUAUGUACCAGAGACCAAGUAUGUUCUUCAUGAUAUCGAUGAAGAAGCUAAAGAGAAAGCGUUGAUGCAUCACAGCGAACGGUUAGCUAUUGCGUUCGGGCUUAUAAACACGGCUCCAGGGACGACGAUCAGAGUGAUGAAGAAUCUGAGGAUAUGUGGAGAUUGUCACAACUUUGUGAAGAUAUUGUCGAGUAUUGAAGAUAGAGAGUUUGUUGUGAGAGAUAACAAGAGGUUUCAUCAUUUUAGAGAUGGUAGUUGCUCCUGUGGAGAUUAUUGGUGA